AUGAAGCCCCUCGAGAACCAAUCAGUUCAGCGGAUGUGUGUUCUCGGGAAUUUUGCAUGCUGUUUCACCCAGUGGAAACCUACAGGAACCAUUUGUGUACCGCGAUUUUUUUUCCUCAAUCAGAAAUAUCGGUCGGGACACGCCCAUACCGUCCAUACCCAAUUCUACACCUCUGCAGUAAGACUCUUAAUUCUGUGUGUGUGUGUGUUUUCAGCACCUGUAACUCUGGACCCCAACACUGCUCAUCCUAAACUCAUUGUAUCUGAUGAUCUGAAAAGUGUGAGACGCAGCGAUGAGGAACAGAAACUUCCUGAUAAUCCAGAGAGAUUUGAUGAUGAAUAUCUGUGUAUCCUGGGAUCUGAGGGCUUUAACUCAGGGACACACUGCUGGGAUGUGGAAGUUGGAGACUGUACAGUGUGGAUUGUGGGUGUGAUGACAGAAUCUGCUCAGAGGAAGGGGGAGAUAUUCUCCAGAAGUGGAAUCUGGGGUGUGGUGUAUUAUGAUGAUGAAUAUGGCGCAAUUUCAACACCAGAUACAGGCACUCAUCUCUCAGUAGCACAGAAACUCCAGAGGAUCAGAGUGAAGCUGGACUGGGACAGAGGAAAACUGUCAUUCUCCGACCCUCUCACUAACACACACUUACACACUUUCACACACACAUUUACUGAUAAAUUACUGCCAGUCCUAGGUGUUGAUCAUAAAGAAUCUCCUAUAAAGAUCCUCCCACUUGAGUGCUCUGUAAGAGUGAAUCAGAUCAGUUAGCAUUGAUGUUGUUUUAUUCCAGUUCAUUAAUAAAAUACUGCAGAUUAAAAGAUUAGUGUUCUUUGUG